UUUCACAUUCGCAAGCAGCCCCAAAUCGUUGAUCAUUCUAAAGCACAUAUCCAGACUUUGACCGGCGCUGCCCCCUGGCAGUGACCGUAGCUUCUCGUCGUCUUCGUUGAAUCACCAUUAACACAGGAACAACUAAAAAUGGCCGCUAAAGUAGCUCUUGUUCUGGGUCUUGCUCUGUUUUUGUUCCUUCAUCACUCCGCCGCUCAGACCGUUCAUGUCGUCGGUGACUCCACCGGCUGGAGAAUCCCUCCUACCGCUGAUUUCUACGCUAAAUGGGCCAAUGGUAAAAAUUUCACCGUCGGUGAUUCUUUGGUGUUUAAUUUCACUACGGAUAGGGACGAUGUUACGAGAGUACCGAAAGCGUCGUUUAAUUUGUGCAGUGACGACAAUGAAAUUGGCGACUCCAUUGAAAUUGGACCAGCAACCAUUCUUCUCUCAACGGCAGGGGAAUACUAUUUCAUCAGCUCUGAGGAUACUCACUGUCAACAAGGUCAAAAGUUAGCUAUCAACGUCACCGCCGCCCCCGCCGCCCCGAUAACUCCAACGCCGCCUUCUACCAAAGCACCUCCCCCGACCUCCGGACGCGCUCCCGUGACCCAUGUCGUCGGAGACGCUACUGGCUGGCGCAUUCCUCAGGGCGGUAACAUCUUCUACGUCAACUGGGCUACCGGAAAGGAAUUCGUUGUCGGCGAUUCUCUCUUGUUCAAUUUUGCAGCCGGGGACGAUGUAGUUAGAGUGACGAAGAGAUCCUUCGAUUUAUGUAGCGACGACGAUGACAUCGGCGAGGACAUCGACGUUAGCCCUGCAACGAUCCUCCUCAGCGCUACCGGCGAGUAUUAUUUCAUUAGCAGCGAGGAUGGGCACUGCCAGCAAGGUCAGAAAUUAGCAAUCAAUGUUACAGCCGCUGCCUCUGGACCUAUGCCUCCACCGUCAAACGCUCGUCCACCACCCCCAAAGGCAGCUCCAGUGACCCAUGUCGUUGGAGACGCCGUCGGAUGGACCGUCCCCCAGGGCGGCGCCGCUUUCUACACCAACUGGGCUGCCCGCAACACAUUCGCGGUCGGCGAUUCUCUAGUGUUCAAUUUCCGACCCGAAGUACAUGAUGUGGAAAGAGUUACAAAGAGAUCGUUCGAUAUAUGUAGCGACGACGAUGAGAUCGGCGACAGCAUCGACUCGAGCCCCGCAACGAUCGUGCUCACCUCUCCCGGCGCGCAUUACUACAUCAGCACGGAGAACCAAGACUGUGAAUUAGGUCAAAAAUUAGCAAUCAACGUUGUCGCCACCAGAUCCAACGUUCCUGCAACCUCCAUUGCAACAUCUCCAAGCUCCGGUCCAGCGUCGAACCCCGGCGGCAGCGGCAGCGGCUCACCGUUCUCCUCCGCUAACACCGUCGCCGCCGCUCUCUCCGCCACAUUGUUUGGCCUAGUUUUGAACUUCUUCUAGAUACUUCCCUACUUUGACUGGUUCUCCUUGUUUAAUAAUUUAUUAUAUUUUAUUAUUUCCUUUUUGUUGUUAUUAUUUGAGUGCUUGGCUGUGUCAUCCCAGUCACGGCCAUACUUAUGUCGACGUGUCGUGCUGUAUUUUGUCAUUUAUUUAUAAAUAAAUAAAUCAUUUAAUUUACA